UGUAUUUCUGUAAAUAAUUCAAAAUUGUAACAUUUUCGAUUCCCAAAAUGGUGGAACAGCAGAAGAAGCGCCUGGAGAUUGCCCUUAGCGACAUGAUUGAGGACAUGUACCGCACCCACUUGCGCCGCAUGCAGUCCAAAAUGCAUCGGUGUGCGGCCCGUUGCUGCGACGACGAACGCGGAACGCUCGAGAGUGUCCAGAAUUGCAUAGAGAAGUGCGCCGGUCCCUUGAUGGAUGCUCAGGACUAUCUGCAGCACGAGCUCGGUCAGUUCCAGAACCGUUUGCAGAACUGUGUGAAGGAUUGCAACAGCGAUGCUCGCUCGCGAUUGCCGAUUAAUCCCAAUGACAAAGACAUGACCCGAUCGCAGCAUCUCUUUGAGAACUGUACCGGGAACUGUGUGGACAAGUACAUCGACCUGUUGCCGGGACUUCUCAAGUCGAUUCGUCAGACCCUGGACCGUGGCCCGCCGAAGAAACAGAAUUAUACUGCCCGGAGCCAGGACGCUUAGUAAUCCCCUUGCGCUCACACUGCACAAAAUUAUAGAUUAAAACGGCAUCAAAGAAAUGUCAAUAA